AUGGAUGAAGGAAUCGGCAGUCCCUCGAAAUACUUGGACUUGCCGGUGAAGUCCUUGGGAAUAUUGGAGACGGUGACGUUGAACCUGGCGAGCCUGCCGAGCCCGCAGAGAACGCAGAAGGUGAGACAAAGGGCGUCGAGAGUCGUUUGGAGCCCUAGGGCAAACGCAAUCGAGGCGGGAGCAACUCCGAACGAGAUCAGGUCUGCGAGCGAAUCGAGCUCCUGGCCAAUCAGAGAGGCCUUGUUUCUGAGCCUGGCGACCUUCCCAUCAAAGAAGUCGAAAAACAGGCCCAGCAAAAUGAAGAAGAUGGCUCUGAAUGCUAUAAUGUCGGUUUCGUUGGGCGGAGGCAGGGGCUCGUCGGUCAGAGAGAAGAUUGAGGACAUCGACGAGGACCGUCUGGUCUUGAUGCUCUCUGUGGCCGCACCUUCAGAAUCAGAGGCGUCAGACAUCGCCGACUCCGGCGGUGGAAUUGAGGCUUUUUUAGCGGUUCGAGACGGCCUUUGGGACAUGGAGAGAUGA